GUGUGUGUGUGUGUGUGUGUGUGUGUGUGUGUGUGUGUGUGUGUGUGUGUGUGUGUGUGUGUGUGUAUCGCUGCAUGCGUUGGUUGUGCCCAGCAGAACGUAUAUUUCAUAUAUAUCCGUGUUCAUUAUUAUAUUUGUCUACCGUAGUAGACGCUCCCUCCAGCGUCCCUCCACCGCCACCAAUCCCAACCUCGCUGCGCCUCUACAUCCGGCGCUACGGUACCGACCCGCGGGGAGGGCGGGGCCAGUAGAGCCUCUGUGUCGCCUCCCGAGCGCCCCUCACACGCGCACGGAUACCAGCACGGAUCUGCAGCAGCAGCAGCAGCUGUCUCGCCCGCCCGCUCCUCCCUCUGUAAGCCAGCUUGCCACAGAAGAAGCACACCUAUCUUCCUCCCGUCCUCAUCAGGUGUGCUGCCCUCGUUAGCCUCUCCUCUCGUUAGAGCCCGGUCAGCGAUGGCGGACGAUCACUGGGCGUCGGACGGACGGCAGAACGGACAGAACGGCUUCUCCUCCUCCUCCUACACCCCCGACUACCGGGAGAACGGUUUCCAUGGCGACGCCGCACACGCCGCCGUGGCAGUUGAUGACUCUGCCAACUUGCCUCCCUCCCCUCCCCCCUCCCCGUCCGCUGAGCAAAUCGGUCCAGUGGCAUCAGCUCCGCCCCCUGGGACGGUGGAGGCACAGGAGGGGGCGGCCCCGCCCAUCGAGGAGCGAGGGCCUCCGGAAGGCGCCGAGGAGGUUGGGUCACCCUGCCUCCCCCCGCUCCUGGAGCCGUGUGGCACCCCGAAGGCUCUAGAAGAGGUCCGAGACAUCUUCUCCCCUGGACACUCCGAUAGCGACGUACCCUCCGACCUGUCCGGACCAGCUGUGACGACCGACUGCGCGGAUGCGCCGGUGACCGCCGUGGGCGCGAACGAGGGGAGCAUUGGCCCCGAGGUCGUCGCGUCAGAGUCGCCGCCAGAGACGGACGACGCCGGUGACCACAUGCCAGGCGCGAAGGAGAGCAGCCCUGAGUCCUCGUGUGUCCUUAAAGCAGGGACGGAAGCGUACUUCGAAACGUCCGCCCAAAGCGGUGUUCAGGAGUCACCGCGCCCACAGAGCUACUAUGAGAUCAGCAGGGCAGCGGGAGAGAGGUGCACCCCCGAGGCUGGGGUCGGGUUCAAGUUACAUCCAGCUCCUGGUCAAUUUCAAUUUGAGGUGACGGCUGAGAGCAUUUCCCAGGGAUCAGAGGAGCCGGUGCUGAACCCUUUCCACAAGAUGUCGAUGGAGCAGAGGAGCCGGCCUAUCAACAUCACCGUUAAGUCUCCGACCGGGGCGGCAAAAUCAAGCACCUUCUUACGCCCCCAGCUUUCCCCAAUCAGUGGAAGCUUCGACGACUCGUCCGCCCCUCCUCCUCCUCCAACAUCCUCCAUCGAGCACCACCCCUCUGCUACACCCGCUCCGUCCACGCCCGCCGACUUCACCGAAGCCCUCAGCAAGAUGGCCUCCAUGGAGCGCCACGUCUCUUUGGACCAAUCCGGCACUCUGGCUGAGAUGCUGGACCUGGCGGGAGCCCUGCCCAAACUGUCCCUGGGCAGGAGGGUGGUGGAUCCGAUGAGGAGGAAGUCUGUCCCGGCCAACGUGUCUCCUCUGGGGGUUAGCUCGCUGGCCCGGCUGGCUCUGGACGCGGGGCAGGGGGGGCAGGGAGGGCCCGAGGAUCUGGGAUACUGUGUCUUCAGCGAGUGCUCUGCCCCCAUGCCGUCCCCGGCCGACAUGCCGGGGUCUGCCGAUGCUCCCUGUCGCUCUUUCCCUACCGUGGACGCAGACGAGGAUGAACCGGAACGGAGAGACGGAACACCCCCACCGGACCAGAAGAAGAACGUCCCGGAGACGGUUCAGAAGAGCGCCGCAGCGGAGAAGAAAGAUGUCACGGAGUCCCCGAGGAAAUCCGGCAUGCUCCUGGAGAAGGCCGUGCCUGUCGGUAUCAAACCCGACCGCCUCAGGAUCCCGGUCACCUCUCCGAACCGCCUCACCGAGUUCCGCUUGGAGAGUGGCCUGCCAGGAGACAUCCAGAUCCAGGCCAUCCCGGAGGUGGAGGUGGAGAAGGACCCGUCCCGGGAGGCGUCCCCCAUCCCUCCCGACAGCUCCUUCAGCUUCUCCCUGACCGACGGCAGGGUUCCUCGGACACCCACGACUCCAAAGUCCCCCGUCGAUGGUCCAUUAAACCCUGAAGAACCCGCAAAGGAUACACCAAGGGAAGGCGGGACCGAGGUCGGGACGGAACGGGCUGCAGGGGCCGAGAAGUCUGCUGACAAAGAAUCCGAUUUUAGUGAAGACUCAAAGGAUCCAAAUGGAGAAUCUCCCAGGGAAAUAAAAGUGGACGAAUCAGAUGUGACCCCUCCUGAGGCUUGUAGACAGAAAACGGACAUCUUCCAAGAGAACAUACAACCAAAGUUAAAGACAGAAGAGGCGCAGGAACAACAUGUUCCACCCCCUCUUGAGCUAUCAGAAGAAACUGUUGUUGAGGCAGGAACCCGAGGCCUCGCAGAAGAGAUUGGAGAAGAGAAAGGAUUGCAGUCCCCUCCUCCAAUCAUCAUCAUCCCCCAGGCCCAGCUGGAUGAAGAGGACGGAGAGGAGGAGGACGAGGAGGUGGAGCUGGCUGAGGAGCCUCAGGAGGUCAUGGAGGAGGCAGAAGUUCCCCCCAACGAAGAGCUGAGGAAGGAGGUAGUGGAGUUGCUGGAGGUUGAAGGAUUGGAUUUCACUGGACUGGAGCCUAAAUCGGACACCGGAGAAUCUAGUCACAGUGAAGAUGGAGAACCGGUGACUGACACCUCCCAGUUGUCUCCGUACUCUGACCGAGGUCAAAUGCAGUCUUCUCCACAGGGAGGGGAGGACUUCGGAAAAGAAGAGGACCAAUCAGAGGAUCUCAGAGAGGCCAUCUUGGAAGCGGAGAAGCAGGAAGAGGAAGCUGUUGAAGGAGAUGAAGAAGGAAUGGAAAAGAAGGAUGAAUCACUGGACCACGGAGAGAUCGAUGCUGAGCAAGAAGAAGUGAAAGCUACAGAUGUUGGCAAAGAGAUGUUAAGGGAAGAGGAGGACAGCUGCAAGGGGAUGGAGAAAGGUGCGGAUAUUGCCUCCGACCUGGCCAGUGAAGUCCAUCACACAACCAAUGAAGAAACAACCGCGGACAUGUCUGUUCUUGACACCGACAGUGGCUGGAUAGACACUCAAGAUGAGGACAGGAGCCUCUUGACGGAACCCAUUGAGGCUCUCCCGAAGGACCACGGUCCCGGUACCACCACCGGUACCGGAACCACCACCGGUACCACCACCGGUACCACCCCCGGUACCACCACCGGUACCACGAUCGCCCGGGUGUCCAGGAAGCGGGCCCCUUGGAGGCCCCGGGGUCGCUCGGACCCCUUUGACAGUAAAAUAAUCCACAAGGACCCGGGCCAUCCGAGAGACCCCUUGAAGAAGAAAAAAGCCGGCGUGAGGAGGGCGGACCACAAUAAGCUGACGGUCCCGUCGUGUCGCUCUCCCUGCCGGACCAGCGCCGGCAGAGCGCCCGGCCGGCAGCACAGGCCCGUCGUGGCGCCGGCCGGCUCGGCCAAACGCAAGGGAGCAGCCAUGGAGGUCCGCCAGCCACUGAGUGUGGCACACCAGUCCAGAGAACGGCCAACUUCCAGACACAGAACCUCAAGCCCCACGCGGGCGGUGCUGCUCAAAAUGGCGGCCCUGCGACGGGCGGCAGAGUCCCUCCCCUGCCGGCCAGGCUCCGCCUCCGACCUCCAGUCACGCCCGCCCCUGGGGGCGGAGCUAUAUCGGCCACGCGCAAAGUCUGCGUGCUCCCCUCGCGGACAGCCCUCGCCACUCACACGGGCCGAGGAGGAGAGGACCUACCGUAGCCCAGAGAAGCGCUCCUCUCUGCCGCGCCCCGCCAAGUCUCUGACGCGGCACAUCCCCGCCGCGGAGCAGGAGGACGGACCCCGGAGACCCACCUGCAUGGACUCGGGCCGCUCUCGCUCGGCCCGUAGCGGUACGUCCACGCCGGGCUCCACGGCCGUCACGCCGGGCACGCCCCCCAGCUAUGCCUGCCGGACCCCCGGCUCGCGCACCCCGGGGAGCCACACCCCCAAGUCCUUCAGCGUGCUGCAGGAGAAGAAGAUCGCCGUGAUCCGGACCCCCCCCAAGUCCCCGUCCUCCGUCCAGCGCCAGCUCAAGGUCAUCAACCAGCCGCUGCCCGACCUCACGCACGUCAAGUCCAAGAUAGGCUCCACCUCCAACCUCAAGCACCAGCCCAAGGGCGGCCAGAUUCAGAUUGUGAGCGAGAGGGCCGACUUCAGUCAUGUUCAGUCAAAGUGCGGCUCCAAGAACAACCUGAGACACUCUCCCCGAGGAGGACACGUGAUGAUCCCGAGUGUGAAGCUGGACUUCAGCCACGUCCAGGCCAAGUGUGGCUCGCUGGACAAGAUCCAGCAUGCUGCCGGGGGCGGGAACAUCCAGAUCCAGUCCCAGAAGUUGGACAUGAGCCACGUCACGGCCAAGUGUGGCUCCAUGUCCAACAUCCGCCACAGACCAGGGGGCGGCCAGGUCCGCAUAGAGAGCGUCAAGCUGGACUUCAAGGACAACGCUAAGCCCAAGAUCCGUUUCCCUUGACAACGCAAGCCACACCCCGGGGGCGGGAACAUCAUGAUCGAGAGCCACAAGCUGAUGUUCCGGGAGGAGGCGAAGGCGCGCGUGGACCACGGCGCCGAGAUCGUGACGACCCACUCGCCCUGCGGCGAGCCGGGGGGCACCUCCCCCCGGCUCUGCUCCGCGGGGAGCAUGCUGGCCUCGCCCCAGCUCGCCACGCUGGCCCAGGACGUCACCGCAGCGCUCGCUAAGCAGGGCUUGUAAAGAUCCAACGCCCCCCCCCCCAACGAAGAGCCCCCCGCGACCUUCUAGACCCCCCCCCCCGCCAAAGCACGACCCGCAAGACCCCACCAAUGACUCCCGGAAUACUCAACCUGUAAGCCUCGGACACCUGACCUAUGACCCCCAGAAACCUGAACUAUGACCCCCGAAAACCUGACCUAUGACCCCCAGAAACCUGACAUAUGACCCCCGGAAACCUGACCUCUGACUCCCGGAAACCUGACCUCUGACCCCCGGAAACCUGACAUAUGACCCCCGGGAAACCUGACCUCUGACUCCCGGAAACCUGACCUCUGACCCCCGGAAACCUGACCUAUGACCCCCAGAAACCUGACCCAUGACCCCCAGAAACCUGACCCAUGACCCCCAGAAACCUGACCUCUGACCCCCAGAAACCUGACCUCUGACCCCUGGAAUACCGACCCAAGAGAUCUGAAACCAUCACCCAUGACCCCGGAAACCCCUCUGAACAACGACCCCUAGACUGACCUUCGACCUUUGAGGCCUAAUGACCCCCAACACCCGAGAACACCCCCUAAGACGCUCAAAUGACUCCCAAUACCUUCCAAGCGACCCUUCAAAGGACCCCAGGAAGCCACAAAACCACCCCCGAUGCCCUCUAAGACCACUGGGUACCCUCCAAUGACCUUGGAGGGUGACCGACACCCAAAGCCCAAUAAGGACCCCAAACCUUAGCCCUGACCCCCGGUAACUCUGCCAACGACCUGACCUCUGACCUCUCACCCCUUCCUGACCUUGAAGUCAUUCUACUGUCCUUCACCUUUCUCUCGUUAUCUGAUUUGUAAAAAGUACUCACACACAGACACACAUGUACACACACACACACGUACACAAGCACGUAUACACACACACACACGCAUGGCUAGUCACAGGGAAAUUAAAUUAAAAGACAUAAGCAGCAGGAAGUAAAUCUCAAAGGUAAAAACACAGAAUCCGAUUUAUCCACAUUCACCCUUAGAAAACGUCUUUAUCCGGGCACUUCAACACCCGCCCACAGGAAGUGGCUCACACACAAAAACACAUAGACACCAACACACACAAAAUGUCACUCCAAAGCUCCACUGUGUCUUCUUCCAACGCUGAUGCAUCGCUGUCAUUGGUCGACAGUCAU